AUGUCAGGCCAUCAGCACCACCACAGCCUGCACGCUCCUCCAUCUCCCGGCCUCCUGCACCACAUCUCCCUCCCCGUCCCCAUCCGCAGUCUUCACCGUACGCGGCCUCCCUCGGUCGCAUUUCGUCUGCACCUGCCCCGGCCGCCACAUUCUCUCCCUUCCCCACUCCCAAAGAAACGCUCCGACCACGAAGCCGCCGCGGCUGAUUUAGGGGAGGUGGGCGACGCGGUGGCAGAUGAUACGACAGAGGCGGAGGAGCAACUGGAGUACGGGGCAGGCGGGGUGUACACGCCGAGCGUGGGCGCCGCCGGCCUCCCGGCGCUUCUUCGCGCGGGCCGCGCAGGACCGGUCGGCGACCCGGUGUUCUUCCUCCUGACCUUCGUAGCCGUCACGACGUCAGUAGCGUUCUUGGGCAUGGUUGCCGUCGCGAUUCCAACGAUGCUAGCUAUGAGGAGAGCUGCAAAUUCAUUUACCAUGCUGGCAGAUGCAGCUCUUGAGGAAUUACCGAGUACAAUGGCCGCUAUAAAGCUUUCUGGCAUGGAAGUCGCAGAUCUUACCCUUGGACUUAGUGACUUGAGUCAUGAGAUAGCAGAUGGUGUCAACAAGUCAGCAAAGGUUGCGCAAGCAGUGGAAGCUGGCAUGGGACAAAUGCAGGACAUAGCAAUGUCAAUGAUUAAAGAGCGAGCAAGCUUGCAGACUAUUCCCACUGCCGGACCAGAUAAUAGAUACGGAUACCUACCUUUGCCCAUAGCGAAAGACAUGCCUGGCCUCAAAAAGAAAUUUUUGCAGACUAGGUCUCAGAAACCCAGGCCACCUCUUCCUUUUGGCUUCAUCAGCUUCUCCCAAUUCAACCGGUCAAUUUUAUGUUCAUUUUGCUGCUUCCACCCGAACUAA